AUGUUCAACCUUAAAGCAAACAUCAUAAAUACUGAAUAAUUGCGCCUUGCUAAAGAAAAGCUUGUUCAAGCGAGCCUUGGAAAUUCAAAUUCAACACAAUCAUUAUCAAAGACGCUUCCUCCUUCUUAGUCGUCUUAAUAGCUAUUUUAGAAAAACCCUAGAAUGGCUAAUGCUUAUAAUCCACUGGCGGAGAGUCAUAAAAAUAUAACAAUCAAAAAGAUAUUGCACGAGAUGGAGAGAGACUUGAAUUAAGUUGAAGAAGAAAAUUAUCAAAUUGUGAAGGAGCAAGCUGAACAGAGACUUCUUAAAGCUAAUCCUAAACUCGCAUAGUAAAGACAAAAAUAGCUAGAAAAGGAGUAAAUUUACUAGUUUGAGCUAUAGGGCCCAGGUUCACCUGAUAAGGGUAAUAAUAUGUUUAAAAGCUAAAUGGGUGACCAAUAAAAACAUACCAUAAAGAAACUUAUUAAAGAUGUUUAAAAUGAUGAGAUACAAGUGUUAAAUGGCCAAUUUAAAGCCACUAUCAAGCUAAGCAAAUUUGAGGAUGAUGAUAAGGACAAAGAAAAACCUAUGUAUACUUACUAAUAGCAUAGAGUCUAUCUUAAGAAGAAGGGAGUCUCUUACUUUGAGAAAUAUGAACCAGUUAAGAAAGAAAGCGAUUCAGGUAAUCAGGAAUCAAAAUAUCAUCAUUUGGAAGAAGUAAAUAUGAAAGAAAUAAUGGAGCAAAAAGUAGUUGAGCAAGAGGCACUUGACGCACUUAAUUCAAUUAAAUUGCAAAGAAAUUUAUCGCUUCCUUAACUAGGGGAAAAUAAAGCAAAAAGAAAUAAAAUGCAAUCAGUAAAGCAGUAAUAAGAUAAAGUAAUAUUUGAUGAAGUAUUUAUCAAUCCAAGAACUAAACAACUACAGCAAGUCAUUCAUAAACAUAAGUAAUAACAAUAGAAUCUGAUUCAAAAUUCACUCUCCCUUUCACAAAAAGUUGGCGCAAACGGUUCAUUACCGCCUCUCAAUGGAAGUGGAGCAAAUAUGGACAGACUCGGAACUGCAUAAAGACAUUUAGAAGGUAGAGCAUCAGCAAAUGCCUUUGUCUAGGAUAGAAAAUAAAGAAUUACUCAAGAUAAAUAAAAUCUAGAAGUGUCUGCAUUACUCUAGAGCAAAAGACUGAUGGAACAGUCAGAAAAGAUUUUUGAUUAAGAACUAAAAAAUAUGAAUACUCAUGAUGGAUUAGGAAAUAGCUUACCUAAGGAUCAAAGACUAAAUACUGCUUAUUCAAGGUAAAGCAAUGAUGAGAGUGAAAUGCUUGAUUUCUAUGACCCAAAUAAUUAAGGAGAGAAUUAACACGCUGAUGAUAUUGUUAAGAUUGUUAUGAGAAAAUUCAAUUCUAGCGCCAAACUAUAAAACUCAACUAGUUUCUUUACUUAGUAAAUUCAGGUCCAACCACCUGAUGGCCUUAUCAAUUCUAUUGGAAAUAAUGUUAAAGAUGCUUCUUGGGCUCCUUCUAUUCCAAUAUCAACUAACUUUAUAAAGUAGUAAUCUCUUAAGGAUAUAACAUUAAGAGCUAAAGCUGGUGUUUAAGCUGGAGACAUUUAAAAAGAGGCCCAUAUGGCUUUUGCUCUUGGUAACUUAAAUGAAAAUGAGAAGAAUUACAAGAAGAGUAUUAAAUUCUACAAAAGAUUCUUUUUCUGUGCUAGAAUACUUGAAGAUCCAGUUGGUGCUUCACUAGGCUUGAAUAGAUUGGGAGUGAUGUAUCAUAAGCUGAAAAAUUACGAUAAUGAGAAUGUCUUUGCCUCUUAUUAUAAUCUUGGCAUUUCCUAUAGACUAAUGAGAGAUUUCGAUACUUCUAUUAAGAACUUCAAAUAAGCUUUAGAAUGGUCUUAAUAACACUAAGAAUUUGAAUCAGAAUGCAUUAGUAAUGGUCAACUUGGUAACUGCUUAAGAGUUGCAAUCUAACUUAAAAAUAAAAAGCUUUCACUCGAUUGCUUGCUAUGUCUUGGAUAUAUUGCAUUCACUUCUGAAUAAUUUAAAAUUGCAAAGAAUUACUUCCAUAAAGCGUUUGCUGACGCCUAAUCUCUAAAUGAUAGAGAGUUAGCAGAAUAAUGUAUGUGCAACAUGGGAAUCGCAAUGGGAAAUAUUUCAGUUAAUAAUAUGAAGAAAAACUUCUCAGUUGAGGUAUUAAAGACUGUUCAAAAGUAGGAGUCUGAAGAUGAUGAUGAAGAAAUUGAAACUGAAUAAUGA